AUGACUGUCAUCGUUACCGUCACUGUCACUGUCAUCAUUAUUGUUACCGUUACCAUCAUCAUAACCAUUAUUGUAAUCGUCAUUGUUCUCGUCACCGUUACUACCAUCGUAACUGUUAUCGUUAUUGUUACUACUACCGUCACAUUUAUCGUGAUAAUUAUCGUUACGAUUACCGUUACCGUUAUUGUUACUGUCACUAUUAUGAUUACCAUUACUAUCAUUGUUACGAUUACCGUUACCGUUACUGUUAUUGUCACCAUUUCUGUUACCAUUAGAGUUACCGUUACUAUUAUCAUUAUCGUUAUCAUCACCAUAACCAUUAUUGUCACCUUUACCAUCACCGUUACUAUGACCGUGACAGUUAGCAUCACCAGUACUGUAACCGUCAUUGUUACUGUCACUAUUAUGAUUACCAUUACUAUCAUUGUUACGAUUACCGUUACCGUUACUGUUAUUGUCACCAUUUCUGUUACCAUUAGCGUUACCGUUACUAUUAUCGUUAUUGUUAUCAUCACCGUAACUAUUAUUGUCACCUUUACCAUCACCGUUACUAUGACCGUGACAGUUAGCAUCACCAGUACUGUAACCAUCAUUGUUACUUUUACCGUUAUCGUCAUCGACAUCAUCACCGUCACCGUCACCAUUACCGUCAUUGUCAUUGUCAUCGUUACCAUUAUCGUAACCAUUACCGUUACCGUUACCAUCACCGUAACCAUUACCGUCAUCAUUACCAUCACCGUAACCGUUACCGUCAUCGUAACUGUUACUGUCAUCAUUACCAUCACCGUAACCGUUACCGUCAUCGUAACCGUUACCGUCAUCAUAACUGUUACUGUCACCAUCACCGUUACCGUGAUCAUGGUCGUUACUAUCACCAUUAUCGUAACCGUCACUAUUACUGUUAUUGUUAUAGUCACCGUCACCAUUAUUGUUACGUUACUAUUACCGUCACAGUAA